AUGUCCUACGCUGAUCUAAACAGAUCACGUUUACAUUUAGAUGGAUACUGCUAUACAAAAUGGAUGAAUGGACGUUGGGUUUCUGUCGGAGAUUGUGACAAUCCAAGCGCCGAAGAUGUUCUGAAGAAAUUAAGAGAGAAUGUUGCGAAAAAAGAAGAAAUCAAGACCUGGUACAGAGCAAGUAACGGACUCUACUACAAACUGUUCAACGAUCCAGUCACGUAUGCAACAGCUAAGUCAAAUUGUCAGAAUCGAGGAGGAGACUUGGCUUCUGUUGGCAUCAGAAAUCCUACUGUUUUUAACGGUGAAAUACUUCCAAUGAUAAAAUCAGUGGAAGUUGAUACCUGGAUAGGUUUGGAUGACAUUCAACAGGAAGGAGCAUUUGUCUGGGCUGAUGGAGUCACUUUGUCCGAUCAAGAUUCCUAUUGGAGUACUGAUCAACCGGACGAUCAUAAAAACCAAGAAGAUUGCGUACAUCUAUCUCACCUUAAGAAAUGGAAAUUUAACGAUAAUCAUUGUUCAACAAAAAUUGCCCAUUUAAACAUAUCGACGUCAUCACCUGUCCAUUUAAACUCAGGUGAAGAACCUGUAAUGUAUGCAGCUACAGGCAACAAUGUUAGCUGA